AUGAUCCUCAUUUCUUUCUCCUUUUUUCCCCUUUUUGCCAAUCUCUUUGCCUCCACCAUACAGGCGGCAGCAGGUGAGAAGAGAGAGCAUCUUUAUAAGGUGCUGGUCAUAGGAGACUUGGGAGUCGGCAAAACCAGUGUCAUCAAGAGAUACGUCCAUCAGUUCUUCUCACAGCACUACAGAGCCACAAUUGGUGUCGACUUUGCCUUAAAAGUGAUCAACUGGGAUGCAGAUACACUAAUCAGAUUACAACUAUGGGAUAUAGCAGGUCAAGAAAGGUUCGGCAACAUGACCAGAGUAUACUACAAAGAAGCUGUAGGGGCUUUCAUCGUCUUUGACGUGACCAGGGUGUCAACGUUUGAAGCCGUAGCCAAGUGGAAGCAUGAUUUAGACUCAAAAGUGCAACUCCCCAACGGCAGUACCAUUCCAGCUGUCCUAUUAGCUAAUAAGUGUGAUCAAACCAAAGAAGGCCUUGUUAAUAAUAGCAGUCAGAUGGACGAGUACUGCAAGGAUAAAGGGUUCAUCAACUGGUUUGAGACAUCGGCCAAAGACAACAUCAACAUUGAUGAAGCUGCAAGGUUUCUAGUCACCAGUAUCCUAGCCAACGACAAAGCAAUAAACCACGAGGAGACUGAACCAGAUGGGGAUCCUUUCAAGUUAGAUGGUGAAAAACCACCGGUGGAAGAGAAGGGGGCGUGUUGCUGACCCCCUAGUUAUUACCCUUUCCCCUCUUCUUCUCUCCCUUUUCUACCAUUCAGUGAUAUACAUGUAUUUACAUGUGCUGUACACCUAACAUUAUUCCACAGCUAUUGAAAUGAAUAUAUACCUGAGCUGUAUGGUGUCUGUUACUCACUAAUCAUUCACCAUUGAAUUGGAAUGUAAUGUACGUAAAUCUAUUUAAGGCAUAUGUUCACCCAAUCUCAGUUAUUCGUAUGUGAGAUCCGUGCUGGCUCGCAAGCAGAUCUAAGGCAAUUAGAGGCAAGAUUAUAAUGUGUGACCUAUACAUUGAGACUUAUGACAAGCGGGUUCUAAUUUAAAGCUAUCAAAUCAACUUGUAUAUUUUUAAACAAAUAUUUACUGAUAUGUUAAUUUUCACAUUUGUCAUUUUCUGUUAAUAUCUUUUUAUCAUUUUUAUUUGAGAAAUCUGUGUUCAAGGGUACGCUUCUACUGAAUAGUGAGUUGACUGAAAACGGUAAAAUGCACUCACAAAAAAAAAAAACAAGACAAUAAUGCUUUCAAGAUCAUGCAGCUGCACUUUUGUACAUUUUCCUUUGAACAAAUUAAGACAUGAUUUGUGAAGAAGUGAUGCACCUUUUUAAUUUGCAUUGAAGAUGAUUAACCCAUAGGAAUGCCUCUACCAAGUAAUUUACUCUUUCGGUAAUCACUUUUUACCAUGCGAUCAUUACCAGGGACUCUUGCUCCAUGGUUGUUUGAUGAACUAGGUGGCUUUCAAGUUACAAUCGCAAUGUGCCAGUUGUCCAUGAAUAUUCAGACAAGAAUGGUCGAGAAUUCUUCUAGGUGCGUGUUGUUCCCCUCCCUCGGGUAAUUUAUUGAACCUCGGUUUGAUAAUAAGUUUGCAUUUUACUUAGAACUCAAAGUUCUCUUGCUGUUAGAUGAUCAAAGUUUCAUUCAAGUGAUAGCUGAAAGUGAUUUGGCUGUUUGAUUGUCAAAGUUGCAUUCAAGUGAGAACUCAAAGUGAUAUAGCUGUUUGAUUGUCAAAGUUGCGUUCAAGUGAGAACUCAAAGUGGUAUAAGCUGUUUGAUUGUCAAAGUUGCGUUCAAGUGAGAACUCAAAGUGAUAUAGCUGUUUGAUUGUCAAAGUUGCAUUCAAGUGAGAACUCCGAGUGAUAUCGCUGUUUGAU